AUGAAUAAGAAGAUAAUUCACAAUUCUUCUGCAACAAGAAAAGGAAAUAUUUGGUUAUUUUGGAGUAUUUCAAUUAAGGAACCAGUGGUGAUUUCUAAUACAAAACAAGCUAUAACAGUGGAUGUGGGAGGACAUCUUGUUACUGAUGUUCAUGGUGAUAUCUUAACUAUUCAUAUAAGAGUUUUAUGGGAAGAGUUAUUUGUCAUAGCUACAUUCAAUAAGCCUUGGAUGAUAAUUGGAGACUUUAAUGCAGUUUUAUCUAUGGAGGAAAAGGGGAGGAAGAAAUCCUUUAACUACUUCAAUUUAAAUUCUUAUCCUAGUUGGGGUUAUAAAGUGGGAACAAGAGGCACUUCAGAUCAUAGUCCUCUUUUUGGAACAAAUGCUACAAUUCCAAAACCAGCAAAUGUCCCAUUUAGAGCUUUAAAAGUAUGGAUGUCUCAUGAAGAUUUUAAAAAAGUCAUUGAAGAAGCAUGGAAAACAGAAAUGAGAUGUAAUUCUGGCUUUAUCUUCUUAACUAAACUUAAACAUAUCAAAGUAAUAUUGAAAAAGUGGAAUUGCGAUGUCUUUGGUGAUGUGAAUCAAAAAUUGAAGAAAGUUGAUGAAGAAGUCUUGAAACAUUCUCUUAUAUCAGAUCAGUCUCCUCAUAAUACUACUCUUCUAAAUAACUUAGUUACUUCUAGAGGAGUUCAAGAAAUUUUAACUCAACAGAAGCAAGAGAUAGAAAGACCGAAAGCUAGAGUGAAGUGGCUUAAAUUUGGUGCUGCCAACACAAAAUUCUUCCAUGUAAAUAUGAAAAUAAGGCAAAUGCACAAUGCAAUUGUGGAGAUGGAAAAGGAUGAUGGUGAACUGGUAUUAACUCAACAAGCUAUUGCUGAUAUUUUGGUGAAUUACUUUGAUACUAAAUUUAAAUGCAAAGAAGUGCAAAUAUCUGAUGAAGUUUUUGAAGCAGUUCCAAAAAUAAUUCAGAAUGAAGACAAUCAAAAACUUGAAUCUCUUCCUUCUGCAACUGAAAUAAAACAAGCAGUUUUUGAUCUGGAUCCAAAUAGCUUUCCUGGUCCUGAUGGAUUUGGUGGUUGGUUCUAA